AUGUUUAAUUCAAGAAAAUCUCUUCUAUUCCUCUUUACGAUUUUCCUACUCACACAGCUUUUAGUCGCCCUUCCUAACCCUUCCGAAGAUUUAAAAACGCCGCUCUCAUCGACACAAUCACCGUCAACCGACAAUUCCACUACACUCCAAGAAACCAAUAAUCUUCAGAAGCGAUGCCUCUUCCCGCGUUUCGGUUGGUUUGGAUGUUUUAGGCCAUGUUUCGUGUUUUGCUCGUCUGUACACCCUAUGGGUGGUGAUGAAAAGAAGGGUGGUAAUGGAGAGAAAGGUGGUGACGAAAAGAAGGGUGGUGACGGAGAGAAAGGUGGUGAUGAAAAGAAGGGUGGUGACGGAGAAAAAGGUGGUGAUGAAAAGAAGGGUGGUGACGGAGAAAAAGGUGGUGAUGAAAAGAAGGGUGGUGACGGAGAGAAAGGUGGUGAUGAAAAGAAGGGUGGUGACGGAGAGAAAGGUGGUGAUGAAAAGAAGGGUGGUGACGGAGAGAAAGGUGGUGAUGAAAAGAAGGGUGGUGGUGACGAAGAGAAAGGUGGUUCAAAAAUGCAGUAG